UAUUCAUACAGUUCUGCGCGUGCCGUAGUUGUGGUUAGUUGACUUUCUCGUUCCGAGUUUCGAAGUGUUUGUUUGAAAAUGGCGUUCAAUGGAGAUGGUCCUCACUCGAAAAGACAACGGACAGAAACUGAUUCUAUUAAUAAUAGAACAAAUGCUGGCUUCGGUGCGUCAUCAGAUGAGCCACGCAGAAAGAGAGCAGACGAUACAAAACCAAAUCACAUACUGCUCUUCACAAUAAUAAAUCCCAUGUACCCCAUCACAGUGGAUGUACUACACACAAUAUGCCAGUCUAGUGGGCAAGUGCUAAGAAUAGUAAUUUUCAAGAAGAAUGGUGUCCAAGCUAUGGUGGAGUUCGAGAGUGUGGAAUCGGCAAUGAGGGCCAAGGAUUCCUUGAAUGGAGCUGACAUAUAUUCCGGAUGCUGCACGCUGAAGAUUGACUUCGCCAAGGUAUGUCAAACAAAAAAGUUUUUCAAAUAUUUUUUUGUAUUUUCAUGUUCCAGAAUAUUCCACUAUUUUGAGGAGACAUGA